UAUUUAGUUUCUUCUUUCUUUUUUCUUUCUUUGCGUCUCAAGUUGCAAUCAAGGAGGAGCUGAAAUUCCUUCGGGACUUUAAAACCUGCUCCUGAACUAUAAGAGCUGCGAACACACGGAAGGAGUGAAUCACAGCUCGUGAGGCGGAGUUCAGCCCAACACUUCUCAAUAUCUGCACGGCACACAAAUCUGAGCAUUCAGCACAGGUUAGUCUGUAUGUACCAGAGCAAGAACGGGUUUAAACAGAUUGUUUUUUCCUACAAUAAUCAGCCUUUCAGCGAGAAACUCACAAAGAUAAUUUCUGUGGUACAAGAAACUAAUUACCUGGAAAGAAAAAACAAUUAGUCUACCGGAAGAGGGGACGCACGAAUCACGGCAGAAGUUUAUUUCAGGACCGCAGGCGCGCAGAUGGCCACUUUGAUUAGUGCGUACUCCCCGUGGCCGGAGAGCUUCGAGUCCUCCGCGGGAGAGGGAGACCUGCCGGACGGACACGCUGCGCACAGACCCGCGGGGGACAAAGGCGCGGAGCCGCGCAUUAGAAGACCCAUGAACGCCUUCAUGGUUUGGGCGAAAGAUGAACGCAAGCGGCUUGCGGUGCAGAAUCCAGACCUUCAUAAUGCGGAACUGAGCAAAAUGCUAGGGAAGUCGUGGAAGGCGCUGUCCCCGGGGCAGAAGCGGCCGUAUGUGGAGGAGGCGGAGAGGCUGCGGGUGCAGCACAUGCAGGACUACCCCAACUACAAGUACCGCCCCCGCAGGAAGAAGCAGCUGAAGCGCGCCUGCAAGCGGGCGGAGCCGGGCUUCCUGCUGGGCAGCCUGGGCCCCGACCAGAACGCCCUGCCCGACUGCCACGCCCGCUGCCACGCCCUGGAGCCCGAGGAGGAGGCGGUCGCCGGCCUCCCCACCAUCCGCGCGUUCCGCGACCCCCCGGGGCCCGGCCGGUUCGACUCCUACCCCUACGGCCUCCCCACCCCACCGGAGAUGUCCCCGCUCGACGACCCCUCUUCCACCUCCUCUUCCUCCUUCUACUCCUCCUCCCCCUCCCCCUCCUCCUCCUCCUCCUGCCCCAAAUCCCACAUGAGCGGCCCGGCCCCCUACCACCCUGACUUCUCCCAGAAUUCCCUGCACUGCGGUGGCUCCGCCCACAUGGUGAUGCCCCCACCCUCCUAUUACAGCCCCUCCUUCCCCCCAGUGCCCCACAGCCUGCCCCCCCAUCUGGGCCAGCUGUCCCCCCCACCUGAACAUGGCAACCAUGGCAGCCACGGCAACCACGGUCACCUGGAGACGCUGGACCAGCUGACCCAGGCCGAGCUGUUGGCGGAGGUGGACAGGGACGAGUUUGAUCAGUACCUGAACUCCAGCGCACACCUGGACCAGGGCGUGGCCGUCACGGGACACAUCCAGGUGACGCCCGUCAGCUGCCCCUCCAGCACCUCCGAAACCAGUCUGAUCUCUGUGCUGGCCGAUGCCACCGCCGCGUACUACAACAACUACGGGAUCUCCUAAACACCUCCACCCAGCCCCCAGCCCCCCACCCACACCCCACCCCA